AAACUUUUAAAAUCCCUGCUAGGGACAAAUCCCAAUGUCAAGAUUACCGACACAUGCUUCCAAAUAGCUUUUAGAAACUGCGAUGAUGAUAUAACAUUGCUAUUGGAACACAGGCACGACGAUGUGGCUAUCGUGGAUGAACUUUUCCAGGUGGCUAUUCUUCAUACUCCGGAAUGUAAUGCGAUAAAAUCCUUCGGAUACAUACACCAAGACCCAAAACUGACCUUGUAUAUGAAAAGUGGGAUAAAGGUCUCGUCGCAACCACAAGGGCGCCCGAGAAACGUUCGCCUUCGACGUACUGUGUAUAUCAUUGCAUCUCGAUUAUUGGACAACAACGGCCGAUACACGUUACCGGGAUUCUAUGAACUUGGCCAUUGCCUUAUCCUCCUUGACAAACAAGACGAAGCCUUGAUAGCAUAUGAACAACACCAGCGAGUCUUCUACAGCCUACAUCGUGGAUAUGGGCUGGGAAAUGCAUGCAAUCAUGACUGGAUAGGCAUAUACAAGUUGGUUAACAUGCAUCAUUGGUGCGGUCAUUGCUAUUCCGAGCCCGGCCUGUUCCAUCAAAACGGAUGGAAAGUUUGUAAAGGAUGCAACUGCACUGUCUUGUGCUCUGGAUGCUAUGUGGAGACAACUCAUGGUUGUUUUAAACAUGGGUUCCUCGAGAUACCAAAGCCAAAAUUGCACGCCGCGGAUAAGAAUUUAGUCAACGAUUCUAGGGAAACAGUUGUUGAAUGGCUAAUGAGAAUCCGGAAUACGUUCGACUCCAGCGUUCACGAGGAGGCGACUGUGGUCGACGAUAACAGAUGCCUCGUUCCUCGUGAAGACACGGGUGACUACCUGCUGAAUAACGAUGAAUCUGAGAAAUCUGAGGAACGGAUAGGAGUAAAAUGAGGAGGUUUUGAAGUGAUACGUUAGGUACUUAAGCAUUGGAGACAUCAGGGGUGUUUCAGCAACCAAAGCUACCUAGGCACCUAUCCAAGUACCUAAUCUACUUACG